AAAAUAGUUAGUAGUGACCCGGAAGUUAAAACGAAACGUCACAUGUUGGUGCGUGCAAAAUGUCUACCGACACUGCGUCAAAGCGACUCUUAUCCUCUCAGCCUGAUGACAGAGUGGACUGGAAGAAAAGAAAAGCAGAAAUAAAUGAAACUAAGAAGCAAAGGAAAGAAUCUAAACUGAUUAAACAGUUGGAUAAGCAGAAACAGCAAGAGGCGGCAGAAAGAGAACAACUUGAAAGAGGCCAGAACAAAAAAGGUCGGGGGUACACGGUGAGUGUGGCCGUGCCAGGUUCUGUGCUGGACAACGCGCAGUCCCCUGAACUCCGUACAUACCUGGCUGGACAGAUCGCUCGCGCCUGUGUCGUGUUCUGCAUCGACGAGAUUGUUGUGUUUGAUGAAUAUGGGGAAGAUGUCAAGAGUGUUGAAGGUGAAUUUAAAGGUGUUGGGAAGAAAGGACAAGCGUGUAUUCAGCUUGCCAGAAUACUUCAGUAUCUCGAGUGUCCUCAGUACCUGCGCAAAUGGUUUUUCCCAAAGCACCAGGAUUUACAGUAUGCAGGUUUGCUGAACCCUUUAGACAGUCCACACCACAUGAGGAUAGACGAGGGGUCAGAAUACCGGGAAGGAAUUGUCCUCGACAGGCCAAGCAAACAAGGAAAAGGUUCAUUAGUCAACUGUGGGAUGAGAAAGGAUGUUCGGAUUGAUAAACAGCUGCAGUCUGGACUUCGAGUCACAGUACAGCUCAACAACAAGCAAAAGCAAGACAGCAAAAUGUACCAAGGUGUGGUGGUGGCCCCUCAUGUGCCCAGGACUGAAGGAGGACUCUACUGGGGUUACAGUGUCCGUCUGGCAUCUUGUCUCAGUGCAGUUUUCACAGAAUGUCCGUACAAAGAAGGAUACGAUGUGACGAUUGGGACGUCGGAGAGAGGCAGCAACAUGGACCAAACCACGCUGUCGCCAUUCAAGCAUCUUCUGAUCAUUUUUGGGGGUCUACAAGGGCUGGAGGCCAGUGUGGAUUCUGACCAAAACCUGGAAGUGACUGACCCUAGUGUUUUAUUUGACUUAUACCUGAACACAUGUCCUGGUCAGGGCAGCAGGACCAUUCGCACAGAAGAGGCCAUCUUAAUUUCCAUGUCGGGGCUGAGACAGAAGAUCACAGCUGCCUUUUCAGACGUUUCCAAUGGUUCAUGAAAUAACUAGUGUAUAUGUUUGGUCAUCUAACAGGUUGGAUUGCCGUAAUUGACUAAUCAUACAAAUCUAACUCCACCAAGAGCUGUCAGAUUUCUCUAUUUCUUGUUUAGUAAUUGUGUUCUUUUUUGAAAUCAUCCAACAAAUUGUACAUAUUUAAAUACAAAUACCAUACCCAA